UUUCCAUAAGAGCAGAUGAGACUUGAAGACUCAACAAUCGUGUGCAGCGGGACGCCGUCGUUUUCUGUUUUCUGCUUUCUGCUUUCUGCUUACACUCGAGGCAUCUUCUUUUGGCCUCUCCAUAAUUUCCAAACAAACAGAAGAGAGAAACACAGAUGAGAUGCGUGGCGGUUGCGGCAUUAGAGCUCUUUGGAUCCUCAAUAAUCUCGACGCCGUCGUUUUCUCCAGGAGGUUUCCGGUUGUAGAGAAGCAAUGGCGAGCUGCUUGUAAGAGCGAAAAUAAAAGCUCAAAUGACGAGGAUCCUGUUAAGUACAGUAUAUUACCUCUUCUCUGUAAUGAUUCUGAGCUUGCUAAUGCUUUUCUGGAGAGGAAGAAAAGAGAGGGUUCGACGCGAGGGUAUGGCAUACGUGUGAAUCAGUCGACUGAAGGGUCGGAUUCUUGGGUUGAUGACCCCAUUACUCGUCAUGUUAUAAGUCUCCAUAUAGGCACAGAGGAAAAGGAGGAAGGAGAGAGUGGCUUGUUAUGGCCUUUAAUUUUGCAUGUAAGAGGCCCUUACUCUAUUCUUGUGUUGCCAUUGGUUGAGCCAAGGCAUUUGAAGGUGUAUAUGAAAUUGUGCACAAGAUCUGAUUGUGGAAAUGCUGUUGGUGUGGAUGAAAGUAUAUCUUCCCUCCUGCUUGAUCUUCCAUCCAUCACAGGGGCUUUCAUGGUGGCACUUGCUAUUGGUGACAUAAUUAGUGGUGAUGUGGUGGAUCCAGAGGUGGUUGUAAGUGUGUCACCAUCCGUGGGAGGACUAUUAGAUUCCUUAACUGGAAGCAUAGGGAUAUCGGGCAUCUCCUCUAGGGCAAAACCUGUGGCUGCACCUGUUGCAUCUGCCACCCCAUUCAGCACUGCUGCUACUGGAUCUAUUACAUCAGACGCUCCAAAAAUUGGUUCAAGGCUUUUGGAUAAAGAAGCUCUUCGAAAUUUCAUAAGUAGUGCAAUGCCCUUUGGUACUCCUUUGGAUCUCAACUUCUCCAAUGUCUUUGCUAUCAAGGCUAAUGGCUUUUCUUCAUCAGAUCUGCCACCAUCAGACCUUAAACAACCAGCAUGGAAGCCAUAUCUUUAUAAAGGAAAACAAAGAAUAUUAUUUACAGUCCACGAGACUGUUCAUGCUGCCAUGUAUGAUAGAGAUGAGAUUUCAGAUACUAUAUCCAUCUCAGGCCAAAUCAAUUGCAGAGCAGAAUUGGAAGGAUUGCCUGAUGUAUCACUCCCUUUGACGGGGUUGAACAAGGCUCAUGUUGAGGUUUUAUCUUUCCAUCCUUGUGCUCAAGCUCCAGAACAAGCUGCGGAUAAGCAGGCUAUGAUGUUUUCACCCCCAUUAGGCAAUUUUGUUUUGGUCCGUUAUCAGGCAAAUUGUGCCAUUGGCCCUCCUAUAAUGGGAUUUUACCAGUUGUCAAUGGUCUCUGAAGAUGAAGGUGCCUUUUUAUUCAAAUUGCGCAUAAUGGAAGGCUAUAAGGCUCCCUUAACAAUGGAGUUCUGUAAUGUGACUAUGCCUUUUCCUAGGAGAAAGGUUGUAUCUUUUGAUGGGACCCCCUCUCUUGGAGCGGUAUCAACCACAGAGCACUCAAUUGAAUGGAAAAUUAUACCAAGUGGUAGAAGCCUCACUGGGAAAAGUAUUGAAGCAACUUUCCCUGGAACGAUUCGCUUUGCACCAUGGCAAACUCAAAGACUGCCUUCCUCUAAGACUGGGUCUGGAGACAUGAGCGAUGGAGAUAGUGAUGUUGAGGCAGAGAGCACAAACAAUAUGGUAAAUGUGGAGGAAUUCUUAAUGGAUAAAAUGAGCAAGGAUCUUCCUCCAGUUGAUCUAGAGGAACCAUUUUGUUGGCAGGCAUAUAAUUAUGCCAAAGUAUCCUUCAAGAUUACUGGGGCUUCUGUGUCUGGAAUGUCUAUUGAUCCUAAAUCGGUGAGCAUCUAUCCUGCUGUUAAAGCGCCUGUGGAGUUGUCAACUCAGGUUACUUCUGGGGAUUAUAUAUUGUGGAAUACAUUGGGGAAGUGUCCAUCUGCAGCAACAGCUUAAGUGUAGGACUUUAAUGGCAAUGAAAUAAUACAAGAAUAAUGUGGUCUUUCUGUAAAGAUGCAUGCUGUUGGCUAAUCAACCACUCCUUUCAGACAUGCUUAAGAUUACUAUGUAUAUUGACUAGUGUUCACCUUGCCGCUGGGCAGGCUUUUGAUACUGACAUGCUUUAAUGAGCCUCCCAUUCUUUUGUUUUGUUUUUUUAAUAUAAAUUCUAUCUUAAAUAGGUAUUAGAAAUAACGAGAGGGUGAGGUUUUGGUGGAUGGUUGAUGUAAUCCAAAAUGGUAAUUUUACGGCGGAGUUGUCUGUCUAUUGUGGAUAUUUAGGGAGAAUGUGGGGUAGCAAAAGCAGCCAAUUGGUUCCAUAUUUGAUUCUCUUCAUGGUUGUC